CGCCCGCCACGAGCGGCGCCGGCCCGCCCGUCGCGGAGGGGGUGGCGGCAGAGCGUACCAAGCCCGACGCAAAAACAGCCCCAUGCGCGUUCGCCGCAUCUACAACAGCAACCACCAGCAGCAGCAACAGCAGCCGCGAUGGGCGCAGCCGGAGUCAGCCGCCACCACGGCGCAUCACUGGCGCGUCCAGGAAUCGAUCCAGCAGCAGCAGCAGCAGCAUCAUCACGCAAUCAUGCACCAGCUGCAAGAGCAAGAGUUCCAGAAUCUGCAGCAACAGCAGGCCCUCCAGCAGCAGCUCCAGAGGCUGCAGGAGCAGGAGCAGGAGCACUCCGCAGCGGCGUCCCCGAACAGCACGGGGCUAGAGCCACGCCCCGUCCACCCCCCCGCCACUCCUCCCGUCGUGCAAACCACCAUCCUCGAACGGGCCCCGUAUAGCCCCCCUCCCGGGGAGACGAUCAGCCCCUCCGCGCUGGCCGGGUACCCGAUGGAUGUGGACCAGAGGAAGCCCGCUGCCGCUUUCCCCGCGAAGGCAGAUGGGAGUUACUCGCAGGAUUACUGGAACGGGAAGUUCUUUACAAGGUCUUUACUGUCGAAGAAUUGAGCCCAACAACCCACUGCUCUACUCCACUG